GUUUGGGGUCGUGCGCUGGCGUUUCUGCGCCGACUCUCAUUCUUCAAGUGCCGUCAUUUCGGUGCCAAAAGCGGAUCACAUUUUUUCCAAUGUGGCGCGCAAAAAACUAUGUACUGCACUGCAUGACGAGCGCUGUAGAGGAGUGCCCCAGCGCCUCCCAAAUCAUCGCCCUGUUCGUACCAUGAGAGCCCCGUGCACGAGUGUGAAGACGACACCCGCGUCGAGGCCCAAGUGCAGGACAUCCUUCAGGCGAACUUCUAAAAGCAAAGGGUGUAGAACCGUUUUGUUGUGCAAAUGCAAUGAACGCCCUGGUGGCGGCAAAACAAAACCACUUCAGCGGAGGAGGCACGCGGCAUUAGACAACGUGUCAGCUGACUCGCUUAUGAAACACAUUUUCAAAACACCCACACUUUGCGAUAACAUUAAUAAUGAAAGGGAAUUGGGAAGUGAAUCUACCACCUCCUCCUUUUUUCUUCUCUCUUUGCCGUAG